AUGAACAGGCGUAAUUGCUGGAUUUGCAAGGUGUGCAGAGAUGAAUCUAACAGAUUUCCUUCAAACCUCACUUUGGAAGAAGUUUUAGAAUGGGCCCAAUCGUUUGAAAAUUUGAUGGCAACAAAAUAUGGUCCAGUAGUCUAUGCCGCAUACUUAAAAAUGGAGCACAGUGAAGAGAACAUAAAAUUCUGGAUGGCAUGUGAAACCUAUAAGAAACUUGCCUCGCGGUCAAGCAGAAUUUCUAAGGCCAAGAAGCUUUAUAGGAUCUAUAUCCAGCCACAGUCCCCUAGAGAGAUUAACAUCGACAGUUCAACAAGAGAAACUAUCUCCAGGAACAUUCAAGAACCUACUGAAUCAUGUUUUGAAGAGGCUCAAAAAAUAGUGUAUAGACAUAUGGAAAUGGAUUCCUAUCCCAGAUUCCUAAAGUCAGAAAUGUAUGAGAAACUUUUAAAAAGUAUUCAGUCCAACAAUUCUUAA